AUGGACUGCUCGAUCAUCUGCAUAUUAUCCAUGAUGGUUCAGAUGCAGCCGGACGUCGAGAAUUUAGUACGUUUCUGUCUUACCCUACCCUACCCUAUCCUACCCUACACGGCCCUACCCUACCCUACCUUACCCUACCCUAUUGUAUCUACCGUACUAUACCGUACCCUACCGUGCUUUACCGUACCGUAUCCUGCCCUACCCUAUUCUCCUUUACCUUACCGUAUCUUGCUCUCCUUUACCUUACCUUAUUAUACCUUACCGUACCAUUCUUUUCAGAAAUGCUCCUACUGUAUGACAGUAGAUGCCCUAACCACAGACUGCUACAAUGACCCACUAAGGUGUUGGCACUCAUCCCCAAACGAUCUCCUGUACUGCCUAACAUCAAUCGAGUUUCGUGCUGACAUAGCACUAAAGUCGCGACGAUGUGUCGCUCAACCCACCUUUCCAAUGGACAAGAACAUACUACAACUUGCGAUGCGACAACGGCCGGUUUGCGAUCUAAAAUCGGCCCAAGGUUGUAAUUGUACCACUUGUGUGGCUCCACCACCGACCACACCCAGGCCUUUUAAGCCGCAGUACCCUCCGCCGAGGUUAUGUAAGUUGGCUUUUUGGGGUUGACGAAGUGUCACAGUUUUUAUUGGAAUUUUGAGGAAGUGCCAUAGGUUUUAUUUAAUUUUUUACGAAAUGCCACAGAUUUUAUUGGUUUUUUGACAAAGUGCCACAUAUUUUAUUGGAUUUUUGACGAAAUGUCACAGAUUUUAUUGGUUUUUCAAAAACUUUUAAAAUUAUGAAUUUUUUAUUUUGGAAAGAAAGUUCUUGCCAUUUUUUGUUCUGUAAAGAAAGUUCUUGCAAUUUUCUUCUUUUUAAAGAAAGUUCUUGCCAUUUUAUUUUCUGUAAAGAAAGUUCUUGUCAUUUUUUGUUCCGUAAAGAAAGUUCUUGCCAUUUUUUGUUCUGUAAAGAAAUUUCUUGCCAUUUUACUCAUUAUGUCCCAAUAUUUCAGCGCCACCGCCACGAAAUCGACCGAAGACAUUGGCCAUUAAUUUGGGUCGUAAAGGCGACUCUUAUCUCAAAAAGAAUAAUGUCCCAGAAAAGGCGCACAAACUUCGCGCAUUGUCAUCCCAAUCCACGUCCGAAACGACAUCAACACGGUCUUUAAAUUUAUGGUUGGUAUUUGGAAUGGUGUAUAUGUUUGGCAUACUGUAG